AUGCUGCUUCAUUCCUUCUUUUACCCCCUCCUCCUCCUGCACGCGUUCCUCCAUGUCAGGGGAGCAGACCAAGCCGAAGGCGGAGACACGGACACCCCCGCUCCUCUGCCGAGCAGCAGCGGGGCCAACCUUAUCCCCUCCAGCUCCAGUCCCUCAACCAGCGGCAGCAACAACAACACAAGCAGCGGCAACAACAUGAGCAGCAGCAGCAGCAUGGGCAGCAGCGGCAUCGACGUGGACUGCAAGGGGGGAUACGGCGCGUGGUCUCCCUGUGAGCCUCUGGAGGGCCACGACACCCACCACGACUCCGAAGACGAAUUCAACUUACAGCGAGGCCCCGACGGCUACUACGUAGGGGAAUGUUUUCAGUAUCGGACAUACCACGUGAUUACUCCUUCAAGAGGUAACGGCAACAAAUGCAGCAAAAAGGACGGCUCGAAAGUGUUCCGCUACUGCAACGACUGCAGCGCAGUGCCGGCGGUGUACAAACACCUCCAGGCAGCCCCCAGCCCGCAGGUCUCCAGUAUUCGCUUCUUCGCCGUUGUCGCAGGCCUCCUUUGCCUUGUCACUACAAUUGUCUUCGUAGCCAUUUGCCUUAAAAAGACCUUCAUGCAAGACACUCAGCAACCUCCCGCAAUCCCCCUCUACCCCCCGUCUCCCAGCACACACGAAGCACCGCGGCAGCAUGAAGCCGCUAAGGGACUCUGCUUAGCGGCAGAUGAAGCAACCCAGGCAGCACCGUCCAGGUAG